AUGAACAAAGCAACUGCACCAGCUAUUUCUACCGAGGCCUAUUCGGAACACUCCACAACCCACUCAAGUGGAGCCCAUGAAGACUGCCUCACUGAGUCUUGGGAGAGGAUGGGCAUUGCCUGUAUUGUAAUGCACAGCCUGAUCUCUGUGUUUGGGGUCAUAGGUAAUGGGCUGGUCAUUUUCAUCACUGGUUUCCGAAUGAAGAAGACAUUCACAACUGUCUUCUUUCUCAACUUGGCCAUUGCUGACUUCAUUGUCACCUUCUUCCUGCCACUGACAGUUGCCUUUGUUGUCCAUUUCAUGUUUUACCAAAGAUUGGAUUUCUCAUUUGGCGAGGAAAUGUGCAAGUUCAUCAGCAUCAUGAAGUUCCUGAAGCUCUACUCCAGCAUUUUCUUCCUCAUGGUCAUCAGCAUAGGUCGUUAUAUUUGUGUGAGGUACCCUGUGUGGGCAAGGAAUCACCAGACACCCCGGCGGGCUCUUUGGGUGGCCUUGGGUGUUUGGAUCCUGUCUCUGGCCCUCUCUUGUGUAUACCUGAACUAUGAUAUUUCAGUGAUAUCCAAUACACAAGCUAUGAAUGAGAGCUACAGCUACCUGUAUACUCUAUCAGAUACUGUGUCAUUCUGCUUUGGCUAUUAUGGAAACAUGUAUAGCUCAUUUAAAUCAGAUUUGUAUUCCAUGUUUAUCAGCCACAUCAUCCUUUCCUUCAUCCUCCCUUUUAUUGUCAUGAUUUCUUGCUAUGGGGCAACCAUCUUGAGGCUGAGGAGGAGCCGGUUUGCUCAGUCAGGAAAGCCCUUCAAGGCCAUGACAGCUGUGACUGUGGCCUUCUUUGUGUGUUGGUUCCCAAUUAACUUGAUGCCUUUCAUAGAAUUUCCAUCACAAGAAAACUGUGAUCUACUCAAGUUCUUCUUGACUUGUUAUGACAUAAGUGACAUUUUGGCUUACUUCAACAGCUGUCUCAACCCCAUCCUCUAUGUCUUCAUUGGGCGCAAUUACAGGGAGAGUCUGAGAUGUUCUCUCUUCUCAGAGUUGGAGAACGCCUUCCAAGAGGAGAGCAGCCCUGGCAGAACAAAGACUAAGGACAGCUCCUCAGCAAUGACAGAAUCCCAGAACUUAUGA